CCCACCUCGACCAUUCACAGACACACACACAAGCUCCUCUCCUCCAAGCGGCUGAGAGGUUGCUAUGGCAAUGGUUGUCAUGAUGCUGCUGAUGUAGCAUUCGGGAAGGUAGUAGUUGUGGAGGUAGUGGUGGAGCUGGAGGAGGUGGCGGCGGCUGUGGCGGUGCUUGUGGUGAACAUCCAGGGAUGGGAAGCGCUCCCUAUCCAGCUGGCGAGUGGAAGGGGAAGGGGCGAGGCGGCCUGCAGGAGCUGGGCUGCAUGCCCUGGAAGGUCGGCAAGCAGAAAGGAGCGGGUGGAGGAGGAGGAGGAGGAGGGGAGGUAGUGGUGGGAGCGGAGGAGAGGAAGAGCAGGGAUCCCACAGACUCUCAGCAGCAGCAGGAUCUCUCAUCUUCCUCGUCCUCUCUCACCUCUCCGCUGCCUCCUCAACCUUCUCUGACACCUCCGGCCAUAUACCACGAGAAGCAGCGGAGGGAACUGUGUGCUCUGCACGCCCUCAAUAACGUCUUCCAAGACGGGACAGCUUUCAGUAGGGACACCUUGCAAGAGAUCUACCAGAGGCUUUCUCCCAGCACUCUGGUGACACCUCACAAGAAGAGCAUGCUGGGAAAUGGGAACUACGAUGUUAAUGUCAUAAUGGCCGCCCUGCAGACCAAAGGGUUUGAGGCGGUUUGGUGGGAUAAAAGAAGGGAUGUCGGCAGCAUCGAGCUCACCAAUGUGACGGGCUUCAUCCUGAACGUGCCGUCCAACCUGCGCUGGGGGCCUCUCCGGCUGCCGCUCAAACGGCAGCACUGGAUAGGAGUCAGAGAGGUGGGAGGAGUCUACUACAACCUGGAUUCAAAGCUGCGCAGCCCUCAGCCCAUCGGCAACCCGGACGAGCUCAGGAAGUUUCUUCGCCAGCAGCUGCGAGGAAAAAACUGUGAACUCCUGUUAGUCGUCUCAGAGGAAGUGGAGGCGCGCCAAACAUGGCGGUCUGAUGGCUAACAGUUUAAACCAGCCGAUCACUGCUACAACAGGGCCAAUGGGCCAAUCGCAGAAUGAAGAGGAGAGGGAGUAGGGUCUUGCACAGCCAAUCACAUGGAUGCACACUAGCAGAUGUAUUUUUUUCCCCUCUUUUUGGGUUCUGUUUACACAGCCAUUGCUGGACUCUUUUCUGAUAAGAUGCAACGCAAUUAAGGAAGCAAGCACUUCCCAGGGAGAAUCAAAGAAUCACAGUCCUUUACUCACACAACAGUUAUGACUUACUAAGAGUUACUAUUCUGUUUCUGCUAUUCUUGUGUUUUUUAUUAUAUAUAUAUAUAUAUAUAUAUAUAUAUAUAUUGACUAUUUUUUAAUGUCACUUGGGAUCCGUUUUUUCUUUUUUUUUUCUUUUUACUGUUCAAGUUUCCAAAGUCAUGGGAGUGCAGGGCAGGCUUUCUGAACGAUGCUUUGUUUGUUUGUUUGCCUGUCUCCCUCAGUGAUCCUCCUCCCUGCCUCAGUCCUGAUCUUCACUGAUGUGUCUUCUUGCUUCUGUCUCUAGCUUCAUGAUGUGAAUCACUCUCUGCCCUUCUAUCCUUCACCUUCACCAAAAUGUGCCGUUCCUUGCCUUGAUAUGUCAAAAUCAGCGAUGAAUCACAUUGCCAACUUUUUUUUUUUUUUUUUCAUUUCCCAAACACUUGUGGCAGGGACUGAGCCUACACUGUGUACAGAGGCUGUGCCCACACAACAGUUUUAUAUGCAACAAAGCAAUGCAACAGCCAGGCCAAGCACUCCCUCUAGUGGAGGUUUGACUCUGCAUCCUUAUACUGAAGACAUAACAGCAUCAUUCAGUCACUAUUCCUUUUAAUGAUUCACUUCUAAAUGGAUGCUUUAAGUAAUGAAGAGUGCUGGUCAUGAAAGAAAACAUGCGGCAGAGGCUAUUCUCCAAAUGAUACAGACUCAUAAUAUAAUAAGGGUCAGGUUAUGGCAAAUAGAGCACUGGUUGUUUAAAUUAUUGAACAGUUUAAAUGAUCAAAAUCUGCCAAAAUAUUUCUAAAAUUGUCCAAACUUGGUAUUGAUAUGUAAAGAUGAAGUCUAACUCUUCAUCUUUGACCGUAGAAAAUGAAAAUCAACAAAACAAUCACAACUUCAGGACUGCUUACGAGCUUAUUCUUCAGUUUUUGACAGAAAACCUCAAAGUUCCAACUUUUUAGGUCUAAACGUGACGUGUUGAAGAUCACUCAGUUGUCAGACAGAAAAUUAAUUGGCAGCAAUUUUUUUAAUCAUAAUUCAGUUUUCAAACUUCAAAAGUCUGAUUAUUUGAUCAUUUAAAGUAAACUGUUUUUUUGUUUUGGACUGUAAGUCAACAAAAACCAUCUGAUUGAAAUACAUAAACUUGAGCUCUGCCAAAAACAAUUACAUUUCAGACAUUUCACUAACCAGAUAUUUAAAGAAAAAUUAUUAACAGUUCAGUUCAUAAGGAAACUAACCAUUUCCUGGGUAAACAAUCGGCUGCUGGUAAUGGGCUAUUUAGUCAAAAACCUCCAAACAGCCGAUUAAGUGACCUUUGAAAUUGUCAUUAAUCAUUUAAAUUUAGAAAGGAAAAAAUACAACCACUUCAUAGGUGUAAAGAAAUAUAUUUUCUUUUUUCAAAUAUUACUCAAUAUUUUACCACAGUGUUAACACGACAUCACUCAGACGGGAUGCAGAAUAAGGGACAAAACCUUUCUUCUUAAGCGCAGGGUCAAACUAGUCCACAGGGUCUCCCCCACAGCAGCCCUCUGUAGCACAGGAGCUCAGCGGAUUCACCGCUCCUCCUCUUUUAAACUUCUUCUCCUCAAACCUGCAUUCCCCCGGCUCUGAGAGGAUGUCACAAGUUGUUUCAACAAGUCAUUUACUGUUAGCAGGGGCUCCAAUGUGUGGUUUCAGUCUGACGAGAAGUUACAAGAUUGGCUGCACAAAGGGAAGAUGUCAAAAGAAGAAAAAAUGCAGAGAAAGAAAAGUGAAAGUUGACAGGCUGGUUGUGAGGACAUGUCCAGUCAGACGUGAGUUGUGGUGGGUUUUUUUGUGAAAUGAGCCUUUAGAGAGAUUUUACUGUAAGUAGCUUUCAAAUCUAUCAGCUGAACAUAAACUGUUAAUACUCUACAUGUAUUGUCCGUGUAACGACAAUAUUGGCCUUAACUUGUUUACAUAAAAGCAUAUUUGUUGCUAUGAAAAAAAAUAUGAGGGUCUGUGCUGUUUGUCGCCAUUUCAGGAGAUUUAUUCCAAAGCACCAAUUUAUCCUAAAUAUAAAGGAGAAGCAACUGAAACGUAUCAAAUAUAAUAUUUUCACUGUUGAGGCCAAGGGCUUUAUAUUAUGUACAACUGUUUGAAACCAUAUGAUUUUCUAAAGAUCACUUUUUUCAACGGUGCAUGUCAUAUUUUGGAUGAAACUCUUCACUCCCUUGCCUACUCUGUAGUCCUUAAAUGUCAUAUCUUAGUGAACCUGCAGCAAAAAACAUCAGAGAGGUUGUUGCUGAGAUUUCUGGAACCAAUCGCAUCGUGUUUAUUGUCUCACAACUCUACUGAACAUUUCUUUUUUUUUUGCCAUGACAAUCUUUCAGUCCUUCUUACUAAAGGGACCCUGUUUGUCACUGUCUUUUGUUUGUUUUUGUUAUUUUUGCAUACAAAUAAAAUGCUUGUAAUGGCACUUUAUGUACAG